GCGAAAUUCCGCCCAACUGUCCAUCAUUCGCCACAUAUAGCACAUCCAUUACAUUCGAUGCUUGUCGUAUUCGACUUGCAAAUUUGCUUUCGAUGUGGUUAUUCGAAUUAUUUGGAAUUUUAUGGACUGUUGCUCAUUGUUGUGGUCUAUUACCUAAAAAUAAUAACAGGAAUUCAACUAUAACAAUUGAUGGUGAAUUGGAGGAUCUUUAUAGUGAUGAUGAAUUGGCAGAAAAGAUGAGAAACGGAAACGGAGGCAAUAAUGGUAAAGGUAAAAAGAGGGGCAACAGUCAAAGUAAAGGGGUACUUGGUAAACAUAGAGCUAAAGAAGAUAAAAUUAUGGGAAGACGAGAUUUAGUAGAAUCUUAG